AUGGCUACUAUACAGCAUGAUCAUGGAUACGGAGACGAUGGCAGGACUGAUGUGCCCGGAACUGUGCAGCUGGUCGACCUGGAUGGGACAAUGCACACCAAACAUGCGAAAGGGUCGAAGAGCGAUAUCGUGCUGAUCCCGGCGCCAUCGUCGGACCCAGAUGAUCCUGUACGUCUUCCCCAAUUGGCCCUAACGAUUGAUCCUACUAACAGACAAUACAGUUGAAUUGGUCUCCCUCUCGCAAGGCCUUGUCGACGACAUGCAUGGGCAUCUACACGCUCAUGGUGGGCAUUGCUUCCGCGGCCAUCUACUCAAUCCUCGAACCCAUCUCCGCCGCAACAAACCUCACACUCGGCGAUCUUAACGCCGGCACGGGAUACAUGUUUCUCGCCUUCGGCUGGGGCUGUCUUGUCUGGCAACCCCUCGCGAUCCAGUACGGCAAGAGACCGGUCUACCUCUUCAGCCUGCUAGCGACCAUGGCCAUACAGAUCUGGGCGCCCUAUACCACCAGCAACAGCCAAUGGAUCGCAAAUAAAGUCCUCCAAGGCUUCUUCGGUGCACCGGUCGAAUCGCUCUGUGAGAUUUCGGUUACGGACAUCUACUUCCAACAUGAGCGAGGGUUCUACAUUGCGUUGUAUGGACUCCUGCUGGCCGGAUCGAAUUUCUUCGCGCCCAUUAUUGCUGGAUUCAUCGCGGACGGCCAGGGGUGGGAGUGGGUCCUCUACUGGUGUGCCAUCUUCUGUGGUAUUGGAUUGAUCAUUCUAUUCUUCUUCCUCGAAGAGACGAAUUAUAGCCGUGUGGUCCAAGUCGGCACCAUCGAAGCACCUCCAUCCCCUGUCUCGGACACAGUAUCGAAGGAAGCCGAAAAGAUGGCUCGUGAAGUUCAAGACGCAAGCUCGCCCUCACCCUCACCAGAGCCCGAGCGAAGCACCAAAACCUACAUCGACAAACUCAAACUCUUCCGAACCGCAGACCUUCGCAAACCCACCCGCCUCCUAGGCAUGGUCACCCGCCCUCUCAUCUUCCUCACCUUCCCCGUCAUCUUCUACUCCGGCUUCUGCUACGGCAGCAACCUCGUCUGGUUCAACGUCCUCAACGGCACGUCCUCCCUCAUCCUCGCCAAUCCCCCCUACGACUUCGCCGCCUCCAUGGUCGGCCUCUCCUACUUCUCCCCCCUCAUCGGCACCGCCAUCUCCUCCUUCUACACCGGCUACCUCGGCGACCGCAUCCUCCUCCAGCUCGCCCGUCGCAACAAGGGCAUCCUCGAACCCGAAUACCGCCUCUGGCUCUUCCUCCCCGCCCUCUUCAUCCUCCCCGCCGGCCUCAUCCUCUGGGGCGUCGGCGCCGCGCACCACGUGCACUGGUUCGGCUGCGUCUUCGCCAUGGGCACCAUCGCCUUCACUAACGCCGUCGGCCUCCAGAUCGCCGUCGCGUACUGCAUCGACAGCUACAAAGCCCUCGCCUCGGAAGCCAUCGUGACGGUCAUCCUCGUGCGCAACACGAUGAGUUUCGCCGUGGGUUACGGCAUCACGCCGUGGGUUACGCACAUGGGGUUGCAGGAUGCGUUUCUGGUGGCGGCGUUUGUGGGCAUGGCGCAGAUUGCGACGUUUGCCGUUUUUGUCAGGUGUGGGAAGGGGUUGCGGCGCAGGAGUGCGAGGCGGUAUGCUAAGUAUGUGGCGCAGAUGGCGAGUGCUGGGGUUGUCCAUUGA